AUGGGCCACGGAGCGAGUAGUGCACACGAAGUGAGUGAUGAGGUGGCCCUCACGCACAUCCAAGAGCUGUACAAGAGGUUUGCCAGCGAGUGUCCGAGCGGGAACCUGUACCUGCACGAAUUUAAAAAGAUCUUUGGGAUCGGCAGCAACUGCUCGGCGGAAGAAAGUGCCUAUGUUGAGAACAUCUUCCGCUCUUUUGAUACCAACAACGACAACACCAUCGACUUCAUGGAGUAUGUCGCAGCUGUGCACCUUAUUCUGCGGGGCAAGCUGGAGGACAAACUCAAGUGGUCUUUCAAAGUCUACGACAGGGAUGGGAACGGUCGUCUAGACAAGAGGGAAGUCAGGCACAUAAUCAAGAUAAUUUCCAAAAUCAGAGGGCACGAGAAUCCAUCUGCUGUUGGAAUGAGCCCAGACGAAGUCAGUGAUCGAGUAUUUCAGCUUGUGGACAUAAACAAUGACGGCCAAAUCUCCCUGGAGGAGUUCCUUGAGGGGGCCCAGAGGGACGAGUGGGUGAUGGAGCAGCUGAAGAUCGACCUGAGGCCUACAGGAUGGUUCUUCGAGCGCUCUGCCAACGCAGCAAAAUCAGAUGUCUUCAAGUUGACAGGAGAGCUACUGGGAAUCAAGGCCGGUCAUCCACAGCCGUGGCUUUUAAAGUGGGGCCAGCGUGUGGGGAACCUCUGGGGGUUCAGAGCACCACAGCCGUGGUUCGGCUCCAUACGGAGAGAUGCAUUCGUCUAUUUCGACCCCAAAGUGUACAUUUCAAGCCUGUAG